AUGUCCUCUCUAUUGUAUGAUAGGCAAAAGUUUUUGAAUCUUCAAUCGAGUGAGACCUUGGCUAGGGAAGAAUCUUAUUGGAGGCAGAAGUCUAGGGACCUUUGGCCCUUUGAAGGGGACAGAAAUACUAAGUUCUUCCACUCCUCUUCUAAGAUUAAGAGGCUUCGUAAUCAAAUUUUCUAUAUUAUUGAUUCUAAUGGCAACAGUCUGGUUGAUGAGGAUGAUAUUGCUUCUAAAGCCAUUAGGUUCUUUAAGUCACUGCUUACAGCAGAACUGGUUGCUGUAGAUAAUGAGUUUGUGAAUUUGAUCCCCCCAUUAGUGUCUCAAGAAGAUAAUAAGAUUCUUAUGGCUCCCUUUUCGUUGGCUAAGCUAAAAGAGAUAGUCUUUUCCAUGCAUUCGGAAAAGGCCUCGGGCUUGGAUGGUUUUACAGCUCUAUUUUUUCAGAAGUGUUGGGACUUUAUAGGAAAUGAUGUUUUGCUUUCCAAGCUUCGUCCUUGGAUAGUUUCCUUGGAGCAGGGUGGAUUUGUGCCUAGUCAGGAGACAUCUGAAGGUGCGAUUUUAGCUCAUGAAAUUCUGCACUCCACAUCUCAACAAAAGGCUCCAGCCAUGAUUCUUAAACUAGACAUGCUUAAGGCUUAUGAUCAUGUUAACAGGCAGUCCCUUGUGGCUGUUUUGGCCAUCUCUAAUGCUAUGGCAUCUGGUUUAUGGUCAGGUAUCAAAGUUGAUGUCCUCCUUUCUCCACAAUCCCAUUACUUGUUUGCUGAUGACAUGCUUCUGUUUGGGGUUGCCUCUUUGAGGGAAGCUCGAGUUAUAAAGAAAAUUAUCUCUGACUAUGCUUCUUUUUUUGGACAAAAGGCUCCCUCUCAAGUUAUUAAGGACAUUAAGGUUUCCCUUAGAUCCUUCCUUUGGAAUGAUAACUUGGGAGGUAGGAAGAAGAUCCCUCUUCUUGCUUGGGACAAUAUUUGUUGCCCCAAAGAGCUGGGGGUGCAGGUAUUUGCAAUUUAG